UGUUCUGUCAGUGUAAUUGGAUCGUGAGUUGUAGCGUGAAUGCCACUACCAGUCCAGUAGUCACUCAAAGUCUGUUGGUCUGUUGACUAAGACAGUUCUUGCAGGUGAUCGACCAUCGUGUGCCCAAGGAAACGGUGGUUUUCUUGUAAAAAUGGUUGCGAUAAAGGGCCGCAAAGGUUCAAAUAAAAAUCCUCCUAUAUUCAGCCAUGAGUUUGUCAUUCAAAAUCAUGGAGAUAUCGUUUCGUGCGUGGCUAUGAUCUUCGUGACUGGUCUAAUGGUGCAGGCAACAUCACCAUGGGCGUACAUGUUCAUUGCCAUUCAUCACAAUGUAACUUCAGAUGCGGAGAAUCCAACCGUGCCAGUGAGAUAUACCAUCGGAUGGACAGAUGCAUGUGCUGUAUUCUUUUAUUUUUUGAUAACAAUUGUAAUCCAUGCCGUGUUUCAAGAAUAUAUCUUUGAUAAAAUUUCAAAACGUCUUCACCUCAGUAAAGUAAAGCUUGCCAAGUUUAACGAAUCUAGUCAACAUGUUCUAUUCUAUGCUGUAUUCGCUAUAUGGGGAUUGGACAUAAUUAUCAGAGAAGAAAUGCUAUUAAAUAUAACUUCAUUGUGGAAAGACUAUCCUGUGCCGAUGACCUUCUUUUCAAAAUUCUUCUUUAUCGGCCAGCUUGCUUACUGGCUGCACUGCUACCCUGAAUUGUACUUCCAGAGGAUAAAGAAGGAAGAUAUUCCAUCUCGCGUUGUUCAAGCUACCAUUGGAUUGUUAUUUACACUUGCAGCAUAUGUCUUUAACUUCCAGCAGGUAGGAGUCUUGCUGUUAGUUUUGCAUUAUUUAGGAGAUGCUGUGCUUCACGGAGCCAGAAUUGGUCAUUUUGUUAGUAAGAAGGAAAAGCUAACGAAAAUGGCAUUUCUUGUCGCGAACACAGUGUACGUUUCCGUACGUGUUGCAACAUUCGCCAUUGCAACUUUGGUGUUUCUGUACGGCUUGAACCAAUUGGAAAGUUCGUUCGAUUAUGCUGCUGGGAACUAUAAUAUUCCAGCUGUACGAUUCUCAGCUUUAAGUAUUAUCGUUGUCUUCCAAGCGUAUCUCUCUUAUGUGUUUAUCGCGAGACAAAUGAAGCGCGCUCGCGAGAACUCAGCUCCCGUACAAGUAACCGUGAAAUCAAAGCAAAAACCGAAGAAAAAGGAAGGGAAGAAAUCCGUUGUCUCCGAAGACGAUGAUUUGCCAGAAGUCGAUCAGGCGACUAAAAAGAAUCUCAGAUCUCGUUCUUCUGCGAAAGCAAAGUAGAGAUAUUAUCGAGUCAAGAAAUUAAUCCAAGGCUGAUUAAAUGUUUUGUUUUCAUUCAUGUAUACAUCAUAAAUAAGAUUUGGGAUACAUUCUUUACGUUGAGACAUAAGUAAAGUUAGUAUUUGCGGCAUCUUCCACAACUGUAACAUUAUUUUUAAAAUAGAUCUUAUUCAACGAGUUUCUCAUUACAUAUUUCAUUUUCAUGUCAACUGUAGAUAACAAUGGCACUCGUAAAUGGAGAAUUACCGAGAUAUUGUAUAAAAUGUUUUAUAUAUAUUAUACACAUUAUAUACUGGGAAAGAGUUAUCCUACUAAUUUCUAAGCUACGUAAUAUAUAUAUAUAUAGAUAUAGAUAUAAUGUUCAAAGGAAUCGCUACCGUGUAUAAAAGAUUUCCUUCGAGAGCAUAAAAUAAAUACGAACGAUCGUGAUAUUCGAUAAAUGAAUGAAUUUUUUCGAAACAGCGGUGUGUAAGAUGCGAUGUGUUAAAUAAAAUCAUAACUUAUUUACCAGGCAUGAAGUUAA